CCUCGCAGGAAGUUUGAGUGUGGCCUGUGCGAGCGCUCCUUCGCAGAGAAGUGGGCGCUGAACAACCACAUGAAGCUCCACACUGGGGAAAAGCCCUUCAAGUGCGCCUGGCCUUCCUGCCACUACGCCUUCCUGUCCCUGUCGGCCAUGAGGGACCACUACAGGACGCACACCGGUGAGAAGUCCUACCUUUGUGACCUGUGCGGCUUUGCGGGGGGAACCAGACACGCCCUCACCAAACACAGACGGCAGCACACAGGGGAGCGGCCGUUCAAAUGUCACCUCUGCAACUUCGCCUCCACCACGCAGUCCCACCUGUCCCGGCACAAGCGCGUGCACACGGGGGAGAAGCCGUACCGCUGUCCCUGGUGCGAGUACAGGUCCAACUGCGCCGAGAACAUCCGCAAGCACAUCCUGCACACGGGGAAACACGAGGGUGUGAAGAUGUAUAACUGCCCCAAGUGUGAGGCGGCAACCAACUCGCCCACCGAGUUCCGCAACCACCUGAAGGAGCACCACCCGGACAUCGAGAACCCGGACCUGGCCUACCUGCACGCCGGUACGUUCCCACGGCAACGUGUACACGCGGGCUCGAACCACGCAUGCACGCUCGCACGUUUAAAUGUACGACGGAUUGGUUAUACCGGAUGUGAAUGUUAGCAGAUGCGAGCCAAUGGAACAGCUUGUCAGUAAUAUGUGUAUGUUAGGCUACACCACUGCACACAAACAAACGUAGAGAAUCAAGGGUACAAAUAGCAGCACCUCCUCCGUUGGUGGUAGAUAUGGAGUAAGGGGUGGCUACCUGCGUGGCCUUCCUCUUUGGAUUACCCCUGAUCUGCUGCUACCUCAAGGCUAGCUUAUGAACAUGACCCAGGCCAAACACACACACACACACACACACACACACACACACACACACACACACACACACACACACACACACACACACACACACACACACACACACACACACACACACACACACACACACACCCUGAAGGUCAGACCCACACUCCAACAUAGAUCAUAGUCUCACCUUGUGUCACUCAUUUGUUGUUCUUCUCUGGGUUUUCGCGCGCGGUGUGUGUGUGUGUGUGUGUGUGUGUGUGUGUGUGUGUGUGUGUGUGUGUGUGUGUGUGUGUGUGUGUGUGUGUGUGUGUGUGUGUGUGUGUGUGUGUGUCAGAGUGAGUGAGUCCCGUUCACUGCUGACGGAGGGCAAAACGGCCACAAAAUAGCACCACUCAAAGAUUGCUUGCCACGGGCCCGUCCCUGCCAAUCUGUCAGUCAGUCAGCCUGCAUAGGGGGGGGGGGGGGGGGGGGGAGACAGACAGAACAAAAAUCCCUGUCUCCUUCCUAUUGGCUGCCAUUGUGUCGCGAUGCUCCACCCUCACUGCCCUUGGAGCCACCCAAUCCAAUCCACCGAGUGGCUUGUCCUUUCUGGAGGGGCAGGGAGGACAGCCUUUAUCCUGUUAUGCCUCUGACCCCCCCGUAAUAGCCGCAGGGGCCUGGGCAGAGCGUAGGGGUGGAGGUGACGGGCUGGGGUUGGGGGGGUACGUGGUACGGUUUCAUCCCGCUCCGCUUGAACUUCCAACCCCGGGGUCCCCUGACUCGCCAGGAAAAAACUACAAAGAAGAGAAAUAAGUGCGUUGUUGUUUUGAUUUGGACUUAUUAUUGCAAGGAAUGUUGUUUUUGAAUGGGGUUUUAUUCUACAUGGCUAUUCUUUCCUUCACCCUCCACCUCUCGCACUCUGACACGCUCCCCCCCCUUCAACCCUCCCCUCUGGCCUCUCAACCCUCCCGUCUCGAUGCUGCUUCUCCUGCUCCAGGUCAAGCUCUCCAUCUGCCCAGCUCAGCUUUGCCUAAGCAAGCAGGGCACAAGAGCACAAAUUGUAACGUGUGUAAACACACACACACACGCACACCCACACACCCACACACCCACACACCCACACGCACAAACACUCACCCACCCCCCAUCCAUCACCUCCACCCACUCAUACACACGUGUGUGUGUGUGUGUGUGUGUGUGUGUGUGUGCGCGUGCGUGCGUGCGCUCUUUUUGCAAGUGCACUUUUGGUCGAUCUUUGUUGCUCUUUGUAAAGAAGAGAGAGAUAGAAAGCAGAAAAGACAGAGAGAAAAGACGACCGUUUUGGGCGGUGGCAGUGAGAGUAGCGUUUCAUCUUAAGAGACGGAGAGAGAGAGAGAGAGAGAGACGAAGAGAUAGUGUGGCGGGGAUAGAGGGAGCGAGAGUGAGAAGAGAUUAAGAAGGUAGAUGUGGUGAAUUAACCUGCUUGUGAUUGCUCCUGUCGUGGUAGGGGGGCUCAGCGAGAGGCAAAUCGUCUGUGAUGGCCCUUCCUGCUCAUCCCCCUUUGAACGACACAGAUCAAACGCCGGUGCUUGCUCACUCCCUUCAUCUGCGCACAGGACGAACACAGACACACACACACACACACACACCAACUCACACGUGCACCUUCCUCUCGCCACCCACUCAUAAACACACACACACACACACAAACCUGUCUGCCAGAUGAUUGACGGCCGGAUGUCCUCACUGCUGCCGUCAUCACCUGCGGUACUCUCUAGCUCUCUCUCUCUCUCUCUCUCUCUCUCUCUCUCUCUCUCUCUCUCUCUCUCUCUCUCUCUCUCUCUCUCUCUCUCUCUCUCUCUCUCUCUCUCUCUCUCUCUCUCUCUCUCUCUCUCUCUCUCUCUCUCUCACACUCUCUCUCUC